AUGUUUGAAAGGCUUAAUAUAAAAGAAAAGGGAUGUGGUCAUGACACUAUAUUGUCCGAUAGGUUUCAUAUUCAGAAAAUUCUCCUAGAUUUUGAUCAGGAGGCAUCUAUUCAUUUGGAUGAUGACAAAACUGAAGAACUACUUAUUCAGCUUGUUAAAAUAUACUCAGAAUCGAUUAUUUCUUUAGAUGCAGUCACAAUAAAUGAUAAUCUUGUAAGAAAUUGGAGUCUUUUUAACAUAUAUUUAAAAUUAGAAAUGUGUGGUGGCUGUAUUGAACAUUUUAAAUUAGCAUUUCAAAUGAUUUCUAGUGUUAUAACUACAGUUCCUAAUUCUGUAUAUUUGUUAUUUACUCCAUUAAAUGAAAAUACUGAUUUAUGUCCAAUAAAAUACCUAUGUUGGAUGUUAAGUAAAACUUUCUAUGGUAUUGAUUCAGGCUCUACAGAUUUCCAAAAAUUGCUAAGUAGCAUUAGUUUUUUACAAGCUGAAUAUGUGGGUAAUGGAAUCAGAGAUGAACUUAUUAGAGGCUUUGAAAAUAGUCAAAAAGACAAUUUAAAAGUUACCGAGAAUGCUGAAAAUUACAAAAAUAAAUCCAGCCUGGAAGAAUCGGCUGUAGAUUUAAUAACCGAUUCUUUGGAUUUGCUGGAAUUGAUCUUUAAAUACAUUGAUGAUUUAACAUUUAUCUAUGAAGCAGACUUUAAACAGACAGAAAACUUUAACAUCUGCAUUAGAACCAUAAUAAGCACAUAUUCUCCUAUAUUCCAAACAAUUUUAUCGUCUAAAACGAUGCAGAAAAUGCAUGGGAAAGAAACUGAUAAGAUAAAAGAAACAAGAAUUUUAGUUUUGAGGAUUUUUGAGAGACUCGCUCUGGUUCUGUCAAAUACAGACCUAUUACCAAUUUUUCUUGAUUCGCUUAAUAAGGAAAUAGUUAGUUCUCAAGGCACUAUUUUUGAAAGUUUAAUGGAUAUUUUUUCUCCUGACUUUCCGAAUUGGUAUACAUCAAAUUACAGAGGACUAAUAGAAUCAAAAAACUUCAUUUUUUCUCUGCAGCUUCAAUUUGCUGGAUUCCUGUUUUUAAAAACCUUGUGCAAUAACUUAGAAGAAUCAUCUCCUGCUGUUGAUAUGUUUUUAUCUGUAAGGAAACAUUAUAUACCUUUUGAUGAACUACCUGAUUUUAUCUCACAAAGCAAUUAUUGGUUUAGUGAUGUCAAAGACAAACUUAACUUUGAUAAAGAAAACAGUAUUUUUGGAAAUUUCCCAGAAUAUGGAAAUUCUUUACCACAAUAUGUAAACAGCAUUUUCUCAAACUUGUUCUAUAGAGUUGUUGCUGUAGCUUUUCACAAUGGACUUAAACUUCAACAAAAUAUAAUUGAUUACUCCCAAAUCACUGAAACAUUACAUGAAAGCAUAAUAGGCAAUGAAACUCUGGCUCUAAAAAGGCUUUACUUCUUAAAGAUUGAUCUUUUUACCGUAAAUAUUCAAAUUAUUAACUUCAUUAUUACUUCUAUUGUCUCUAUUUCUUCUGAUAAUAUUUCAGAUGAGGAAUUUAGAAAAUCUAAUCCCACUGCAGAAGUUGUUUCAAUUCUUCAUUUAUUUUUGGUCUGGAUCUGUGAAUUUGUGUUUGAUUACAAAUCUAAGAUUCCUCAAUUCUACCAAAUUCUUGAAGAAAUUAAUAUGAUAAAAAUCAGACUUCCUAUUCUAUAUAAUGCUUUUAAUAAAGAAAUAACCAGUUAA